AUGCUUUCCCGCUCAAUACGAGCAUCUCGGUUGCUCGCAUCAAGGCAGGCUGCAACUCGGUCUGCGGGCCGUGUCAGAUUAUUUGCGACUCCUGCUGAGCCUCCGAAAACCGGCGCCGAAAAGACACCUUCGGACAAGGGCAAGGAGAAAGAGGAUGUCGCUGGAUCUGAAGAGUCGAAGAGUCAGAAACCAGAGCUACCAAAGGGACUCGAGGGCUUCUUCCAGCAGUACCAGCGGUCGGCGAAGCAGAAUUCUCGUCAGUCUGAAUCACAGCAUGAAGAGUCAGAGCCGAACAAGUCGUCGGGCGAUCGCAAGCAACCCCCUCCUCCGCCUGGAGGCAACCCGAACGGAUUCACCACCAAUCAGCUCAUAAUAAUGGGGACUUCGGCUGCUGCGUACAUGUUGUACUCCAGUUCAACUUCUACCAAUGCUCGGGAGAUUACAUGGCAGGAGUUCCGAACAGCGUUCCUUGACAAGGGCUUAGUUGACAAGCUUACGGUGGUCAAUGGCUCUAAGGUGCGGGUAAAGUUACAUUCCAACGCAACAGGAGCUAUGUAUCCUGCCGCACCUGUGGGAGGCGAAUACUACUUCUCAAUAGGCAGCGUCGAAGCCUUCGAGCGCAAACUUGAAGAUGCUCAGGCGGAACUCGGCAUCCCUAGUCACGAACGCCUACCCGUUGCCUACCAUGACGAAAUAUCCGCCUUCAACACACUCCUUAACUUCACACCGACGCUAAUAAUCGCCGGCCUAUUGUAUUGGAUGUCAAGACGUGGCGGGUCUGGUUCUGGUAGUGGGAUAUUCAGCAUAGGGAAGAGUCGUGCGAAGUUGUUUAACAAGGACACAGAGGUCAAAAUCCGGUUCAGGGAUGUCGCUGGUAUGGAUGAGGCAAAGGAAGAGGUCAUGGAGUUUGUUCAGUUCCUGAAGGAUCCCGCGAAGUACGAGAAACUUGGUGCGAAGAUCCCCCGAGGGGCCAUUCUCUCUGGACCACCUGGAACUGGUAAAACACUACUCGCGAAGGCAACCGCGGGCGAAGCCAACGUCCCCUUCCUCUCCGUCUCUGGUUCCGAGUUCGUGGAGAUGUUCGUUGGCGUCGGUUCUUCCAGGGUGCGAGAUCUCUUUGCGUCGGCCAGGAAGCACGCUCCCUGCAUCAUAUUCAUCGAUGAAAUCGAUGCUAUUGGCAAGUCGAGAGCGAAGGGCGGCAAUUUCGGUGGCAAUGACGAAAGAGAGUCAACUCUUAACCAGCUGUUGGUGGAGAUGGACGGUUUUGGCACACAAGAGCACAUUGUUGUCCUCGCAGGUACUAAUCGACCGGACGUGCUAGAUCCUGCCCUCAUGCGACCUGGCCGGUUCGACCGACAUAUUGCCAUCGACCGCCCUGACGUCUCAGGACGUAAGGGCAUCUUCCAUGUUCACCUCAAACCUUUGCGCCUCGGCGAAGACGUGAAGGAUAUUGAUGCCCUUGCCCACAGACUAGCGGUCCUCACUCCCGGAUUCUCAGGUGCCGACAUCGCUAACGUAUGCAAUGAAGCGGCCCUCCACGCUGCUCGCCGGGCUUCCGAGUAUGUCGAAGACCGUGAUUUCGAUUCCGCCAUCGAGAGGGUCAUCGUGGGCUUAGAACGGAAGAGCCGCAGGCUCAGUCCUGAGGAAAAGAAGACCGUUGCCUACCAUGAAGCAGGACAUGCCGUCUGCGGAUGGUUUUUGGAACACGCAGAUCCCUUGCUCAAAGUCAGCAUCAUUCCCCGCGGUACUGGCGCACUCGGCUAUGCACAGUAUCUCCCACCAGAUCGAUAUCUCCUCUCCACUCCCCAGAUGAUUGAUAGAAUAUGCAUGACCCUCGGAGGUCGUGUAUCUGAAGAAAUAUUCUUUGGUCUAGCCAAUAUUACAACCGGUGCACAGGACGAUCUACAGAAGAUAACACGGAUGGCGUUCGAGGCGUGCGCCAACUAUGGUAUGAACGAAGUCAUCGGUCCCGUCAGCUAUGGCGGUGACCGCGCCGCAAAGGAAAACUGGACAAAGCCAUUCAGUGAGAAGACAGCGGAGACGCUCGAUUCUGAGGUUCGCAAGAUGAUCACAACCGCCUAUGACCGCACAAGACAACUGCUCACCGAUCAUAAGGAAGACGUCGAGAAGGUGGCGAAGUUGCUCCUGGAGAAGGAAGUGAUCACACGUGAGGACAUGAUUUCUCUCCUCGGCAAACGACCAUUCCUCAACCGAGCGGAUGACAUGGACAAAUGGCUGGACGAGCAUCGUGGGGGAAGAAGCGCACCACCGCCCCUUGAACCUAGUACAUCGGCUGAGCCUGUCCCGGCUCCUGCUGCGUCUAAGUUAGAAGACGAGUUAAAAAACUAA